GAUGUUUUCAAAACUGAUUCCUGCUCUGCAUCAAACUAAACACAAAGUGUUUGGAAGUUGCAGUUUGAGGGGAUGCAGAGCCUGCACCGUGCUGGGAACGAGCUGCAGAACCGAGCAGCCAGAUGUUGCUCUCAGUCUCAGCUGAUUAGAUAAUAAGAGCCUCAUCAACAAUGGGAAGGUUUUUGGCUGAUCUGCUCAUUCUCCUGCUGAUUUCUGGCCACGUUUAUGGAGUUUCCUUCUACGGCAAUAGCUACAUCCACCUGCAGACAGUAGAGAAGUCCAUUCAGACGUUAAUCCAUGUACGAUUUCAAACCUCCAGCCAGUCCGGGCUGCUGUUUUUAGCUGCAGGAAGCAGAGACUUUUGGCUUUUGGAGCUGAUCUCUGGACGUCUGCAGGUACACCUGAACCUGGGCUCCGGAGAGCGUUUCCUGCGCUCAGAAAAGGGCAUCCAUCUGAAUGAUCUCACGUGGCACACUGUGGAUCUUAACCACACGCACCACAGCAUCAACAUGACAGUGGACCGGACCUCUCACACAAACCUUCGYAUGCCAGGACCAGAUCUGGAGCUCAGCGUUGAGGACGGACUCCUCGUUGGUGGGACAGCUGGACUGAACCGUCCCUACCUUCGAACUGUUUCGGCUGGGUUUAGAGGUUGCAUGGAUGAAGUUGUCUUCAAUGAGCACAACCUACUCUCUAGUCUCAAGCAGAAAUUUGGACACAGAAGCAUCCAUGAGGUGUCGCUGGGUUGCAGUACACAGUUUUCGGCAACAGAAGAAGAUCCUGUGAAUUUUUUCAGCUCUGAAGCCUUUAUUUUGCUCCCACAAUGGGAGGUACUCCAAGAGGGAACUUUUGAGUGUGAACUGUACCCUUCCACAGAAGAAGGAGGAGGCAUGYUUUUGUAUAGUUUUGGAAGUGAAGGAGGGUUUGUAGCCAURGAGACAAGAGACGAUCACCUAGUGGCUUCAGUUGGAAAUGGAAGAGGGGGUAAAACGGAGCUGCAUUCCUUGACACGUUUCUACAGCAACCCYUCCUGGUACACCAUCCAGCUGCACUUGCUGCCCCACAGCAUCCAGUUGAAGGUAGGUAAGGAAAUGGUGAAGGCCAGCCUGAGUCAGGAGCUUCAGGACAUUCAACUCAAGGGGCCCUUUUUUCUUGGAGGACUAAACGGCGAUGCUCUGGAAAAAGCAGGACUGCCUUCUGUUCCAGCAAAAGGAAGAGAAGGCUCGUUCAAAGGCUGCCUCAGAAACAUUAGAGUGAACUCUCAAAAAACUGGCUUACCUCAUGCCAUAGUCACCAAAGACAUUACUGUGGGCUGUAACGUAGGGCAAGCUCCCAGGACAGGGAUUACCUUAAACCCAACAGAUCCUCCUGAGUUUGAUGUGGCGACCACACAGGAAAUCAACCAGAARCUUUUACAGAUCCGAAAGCUGGAGGUAGCUGAGGGAGGCCACGCCCUGCUCGAURCCAAACACUUGAAGGUGAAUUUGGAUUUUCAUGGACUUGGCAUCUCUCCAUCGCAGUUCAUGUUCCGCAUUGAGGAGCAUCCGGUUCACGGCAGGCUCCGGCUGAACCUCGGAGCAAAUCCAGAUAGGUUGCCUGAUGAAAAGCAAGAGAGGAAUAUCACAACAGAUGAAGAGAGAAAGGAGUGGACAUUCAGUGCACUGGACUUGAGACAGGGCCGUGUUUUAUACGUUCACAGUGGUUCCGAGGACCAGAAUGACUCUUUUACAUUUUCAGUUUUCUCCAAAUAUAAGGAGCUUCCAGUCUUUCUGAGGAACAAUCGUCUACAUCGGUUUGACAUCAGCAUAAGUCCUGUUAACGAUGCUCCUGUACUCAGUUUGCCACACGGAAACCUUUUUACUCUGCUGGAGAAGUCCAAACGAAAGUUGACAACAGAUGUGCUGAGUGUGUCAGACCCAGACAGCAGUCCUGAAGAGCUGCUGUUUAGCUCCAUGGGCAACCUCAACGCUCAAGCUGGGUACCUCGAGCACCAUGAUUACCCUGGCAGGGUCAUCAACUUGUUCUCUCUAAAUGAUCUACAGGAGGGUAAGAUCAGCUUUGUCCACACGGGAGUCUCUGCCUCACGGCUGGCACUUAGGGUCAGUGAUGGACAAAGGGUGAGCAACACAGUAGUUUUAAGGAUUAUGGCGGUAAAACUCGAAUACCGACUGGUGAAUAAUACUGGACUAGAGGUGAACCAAGGCGAAGCUUCCAUCAUUACCACUGGCCACCUUGCAGUACGAGUUAAUGUGGCCGAUAACACUGUUGACAUCUGGUAUGAUGUCACAGAGUUGCCAAAAUAUGGCGAGAUUCAAAGGUUACACUCAAGCGGCGGCUGGAAAUCAACUACCUUCUUCUCACAGAAACUUCUAGAACGAGAAAAGAUUCGAUACGUCAGCACCUACCGUGGCAUCCAGACUCAGACCAACAUCACGGAUUACUUCAAAUGUAGGAUUAUCAUUAACUCCCAGGCCAAAGAGGAGGUUUUAUUCCCUGUAGAGAUACGGUGGAUCCAGUUAAAGUUAACACGGAGCAAGAUGGAAGUCAAUGGCCUUGAGACUGCUGUUCUAACUCCUGAAGACCUGCAUGUGAUUGCUAAGGUUGUUAAACUCAGUGAGAGCGAGAUCUUCUUCAGGCUUCUGAUGGUACCAAAGAAAGGGCAACUGUUCCUCAACCGAAAGGUCCUGCCCAGGAAUUCAACCUUCAGCCAGAAGAACAUCACAGAUGGUUUGGUGAAGUACGAGCUCUUCGACAGGCUGCACGAUGACACAAGAGACUCCUUCAGCUUUCAGGUGUUUUCACUGCACGCUGCAUCAACACCGUACGACUUCAGAAUCAACAUCAAAGCUGAGUCAACCGCCAUCACCAUCGUAAACAAAGGUCUUUCAGUCCUGGAAGGAGCAAGCAAAGUAAUUACUAAAGACGCUUUGUUCGGCCACACAGCGAGCAAUCGAGAGGUUUAUUACAAUGUUACGCUGAAUCCAAAAUAUGGACACAUAAGGAAGAUCAACUUGUCCAACUCAACGUCCAUCAAUGACAACAUUGUGACGUUCACAAAUCAAGACAUCAUGGAGGAGCGGAUCAUGUACGUUCAUGACGACAGCGAGACCAAGCAGGAUUUCUUCAGGUUUCAAAUUAUUGUUCUGAAACCACACAAACACACAAACAAGAAGGAGGACAGAACCACAGAGGAGCAGAUCUUUAAUAUCUCUGUGCAGCUCGUCAACGACCAGAGGCCUGUUAGGGUUGUGGAUAAAAUUUUCCAUGUGGCCCGCGAUGGACAAAGGCUGGUGACAUUAAAUGAUCUCCGUUACCGUGAUGAUGACUCAGAUUUUGAGGACAGCUGGCUGGUCUACACACGGAGGGGGAUACCAAUGGGGGAGUUGGUGCUGGCCAGCGAUCCCAGUCACAGGCUGUUUGAGUUCACACAGCGUGACAUCGAGCAGAAUAAAGUGCUGUUUGUCCACAGCGGAGUGAGUUUAGGACGUUUUGUUCUUUUCGUAACAGAUGGAAAGCAUUAUGUUUCAGCUUUACUGGAGGUGUUGGCACAGGAUCCCUAUCUGCAGGUGGAGAACAGCACAGGUUUGAUGGUCCAACAGGGCGGGAUUGCAUCCCUGACUUCUGCUAACCUCAGUGUCACCAGCAACCUCGACAUCCGAGACCCCCAGGAGGUSACGUUUGAGGUCUUUAUUCCACCUAAACACGGCGUGCUCUGCUUUAACGARGGACAGAGGGAGGCCAUAAUAGGAACAGAUGCCAUUUCAGUGUUCACCCAGGGGGACCUGGUGGCGGGGCGCCUGGCGUACCAUCACAGCGGAAACAACGAGCUGUUGGAUGUUUUCAAUGUAACAGCGAGAGCGAGAGAAAGGAGCACAGAACGGCGGACAGAAAGAGGCAGGAGGGAAGUGCAUCUGGAUAUUGGAGUYCCUGUAAAGAUUUACCUGGAGAGUCAUCAGAGACCUCCAACUGUCAAAAGCAACCACCCAGUUGUGGUGGGACAGGGACAGAAUGUCUCAAUAACAAGGGGACAUUUAGAGGUGGUGCACAAGGACAARCUACCCUCAGAGAUGAUAUUUACUGUCAUCAAAUCUCCUGCAGCAGGCAUGAUUUUUAAAUUAUCCACUGGCAAAAAGAAUCAUCAUGUAAAAGGAGAAAAGCAGCACCUACAUAAGUCCUCUGUCCCGGGUAGUAAGGAGCAGCCUUUAACUUCUUUCACCCAAGAGGAUCUCAACCAGGGAUUGAUCAUCUAUGACCAUCAGGCUGCAGUGUUCUCUAAUGACUCUGUUCUGUUGGAGGCAACCAAUGGGGUCACAAAGGUUGGACCCAUCAUGCUGCUGAUUGAUAUCAUACCAAUCCUCCUUCCUUUACAGGUGUCUAAUUUGGUCCUUGACGAGGGGACGUCCCAGCCUCUCACUUCUAAGGUCAUCAAGGUUGCAAGUCAUCACUUCUCAGGGAUGAAUUUCUUGUACCAAGUAAUCAUUCCACCAAGAUUUGGACACUUGGAGCACAGCCGGAUUCCAGGGAUGCCGAUCAAUGCUUUCACUCACACUGAGGUAGAGCAUGAGUACAUCUCUUAUGUCCAUGAUGGCAGUGAGACACUGAGGGACAACUUCACCAUUGUGGCCAACCAGACAGAAAUAAAGAAGCACAGCCUGCCGUGUACCAUUUACAUCAUUGUUACACCAGUCAAUGAUGAGACUCCUGUUGUCACAACCAAUCAAGGCCUGAAGAUGUGGAUGGGUUCAGUAACGGAGAUAACCACGAAUGAACUUAGUGCAGAAGACACUGACACUCCACCUGAGGGGCUGGAAUUCAUUAUCACACCUCCCAGCAAUGGGUACUUGGCUCUGAAGAGUGCCCCCUCCCGUCACAUCCUGAACUUCACCCAAACUCACAUCCAAAGCAGACAGCUGGUGUUUGUACACAAUGGUCCAUUAUCAGGUGGUUUUCACUUUCAGGUCAAUGACGGAGUGAACGUUGCUCCUCGUCAGAUCUUCAGCACAACUGCUCAUGCUUUGGUUCUCACCAUGCAGAGGAACCACCCCAUGGAGGUCUAUCCAGGAUCUGUGACACCAAUCUCAGAUCAGGAGCUUCAAGUUGUAACCAACAAUGUCAGCAACAUCAGAAGAACUCAGUCUGUAAUAUUUGCUGUAACUUCUCCUCCUAAACUUGGCCGCCUGGUCCGACGAAUGCCUGACAACUCUUUCAGAAACAUUUCCACAUUCACUCAGAGCAUGGUGAAUGAUGGCAUUAUCCUUUAUGAUCAGAACAAGCCGGAGACAGUCGGGUGGUCAGCAUCAGACUCUUUUUCUUUCACUGUGACUUCUCCGCCUGCUUUUCUUCCUCCACACACCUUCUCCAUUUUAAUCUCCUACCAAGCUAAUGAGCAUCAGGGCAACUCUCAACUCAAGACCAGACUUCUGAACAAUGCUGGUGCUGUGGUGAAAGAAGGUGGCAGUGUGACCAUUGAUCGUUCCAAGCUGGAUGCCUCUAAUUUGCUGGGAAAUGUUCCAGAGUCCCAGAGAAAAGACCACCAUGUCAUGUAUCGAGUGAUUUCUCUGCCUCAACAUGGAGCUCUGUCUAUACGGGAACAUAAUCUCACCAGAAACCAACCAGAUUUCUCACAAGCCACCCUGAACAAGUUUGGCAUCACAUAUAUCCACGACGACUCAGAAACAAUUAACGACAGCUUCACUUUUCGGGCCUGGGUGGCUCCUUUCCACCAUUCCACUCCUUCCCGUUUAUCGUCUUUGUCUGUUGUGUCCUCGGAUUCUUCUUCUUCUACUUUAUUUUCCCCUCUCUAUUCGGCUUCAGCAUCUUCCUUUCCAUCACUUGACACCGUUUCUCACCGCCGUGCUGGUAAAGACAGAGUUUCAGUGACAGAGAUGUUUAACAUCACAGUGACACCUGUCAAUGACCAUCCACCACUGAUCCGAAGCAGAGCACCCAGUAUGAAAGUUGUUGUUGGAGAGAGAGUUGUUCUUGGACCGGAUAAUCUCCAGGUUGAGGACCAUGAUACACCACCAGAGGAGCUGCACUACCUUGUGAUCAGCAAGCCCAACAAUGGCUACCUGACAUUGGGAGAAAGACUGGAACCAGUCACCUCUUUUACUCAGUAUGAUGUCAACCAUGGCCGACUGCAUUUUAUACAGCAGGGUGAAUCCUCAACAGGAGUUUUUUAUUUCAAUGUAACCGAUGGUCACCACCGUCCGCUCUACAAACUGUUUAGCUUGGAGGUGAUUAAACCCACCAUAUCUAUGGUGAACAACACUGGGCUGUCAUUAGUUCAAGGCCGCACCGCUGUGGUACUGACUCCCAACCAGCUGGCAGCUCAAACCAAUGGCCAAAGACAAGCAAACAUCUCCUACACAGUCACCACACACCCACUUCAUGGACGUAUUGCUAUAAACGACCAAGAAGUGAUCACCUUCUGCCACGAGGACCUCCAGUUUGGUCACGUUGUUUAUCACAUGACGGAUCUUAGUGCAUCAGAGGACAGCUUCAAAAUCUCCGUCUCGGCAUCAUCUCCUGGUGUAGAUUAUGGAACUUUAACAGGGCAGACAGUGAAUGUGACUGUACAGCCUCUGAUCUACUUGAGAGAACCAGUUAGAGUUCCAAGUGGUAUUGCCGUGAAACUGGGGAAAGCCAUGAUUGAUGCCUCAGAGUUGGCCAGAAUCAGCAGAGUCAACCCAGUCUUUGAAGUUCUGUCUCCACCAAAACAUGGAAAACUAGUCAAGAUUACCUACGAUGUUGACCAAGCUGCAGAAGUCCUGAAGACUUUUACAUUCAGAGAUGUCGUGCAAGGCCGAGUUGCCAUCGAGGAAACCCUCAGUGACUCCGACAGCCAGCUUCACAAUAAUAAAUCCAGAGUCACAACAGCUCGAGGCAAUGCACCUGCCACACCUCUCAAUGAUUCUUUUACCUUCUUGUUGAAGGCUGGAAAUGUCCAGCCGGCAAAGGGAGAACUUCACUUUACCAUCUUUCCCCACCGCCAGAUGCAUCAUGGCGUGAAAACUUUGAAUAAAGUGGAUGGUUCAAGUCAUGAACACACAACAACCCAUUUCCAAAUACACAACAGGACCACUGCAAGAGGUGGACAAGGGGCUGUAACACAGAGUGCGGCCGGGGAAGGUUUGCAACCUCACAUUUUGUCACAAAGAAAACAAAAGACCCAGCGUAAGGCAAAGCCUCAUAACCGCUUGGGGAACCAAACACAGAGUGGGACUCAUGGAGGGAGACUGGGGAGCAGCCCAGAGGCAACAGGAAAGGGGAACGGUCAUACCCCACAGCCUCACCCUCUUCCUGUCCCAGAACACAUUCCAAUAAACCAUCCAAACACAGACCUGGUUCAUGUUGAGAUUCUCCCCCGCCCUGCCUCUGACCCACUUCUUAUCAUCUUGCCACUGCUAGCUUGUUUGCUUCUCAUCAUAAUCCUUGUGGUUCUGAUCCUGGUGUUCCGCCACCGCAAAGAGAAACAGGCCCGGCAGCGGCUGAUGCAAGAACUGGCUGCAGUUCAGCCACCCACUGAGGACAGUCCCUACUUGGGACGGCCAGAGCGCAGCAUGGCUAUGCCAAGUGUUAUGGUCACCCCACUGGGCUCUGCAAGUUGCCCAACCUCUCCCAGGGUACCCAUGAGUCCUAGGAGGAGUCUGGCUCCUGGAAUGACCUUCUGGGGGCCUUUUGAAUCAGAUUUAUCUGGUGGAGAUAGACAUAUUAGAGGCUUUAACAGUAAUGAAAUAAACAACGUUACUUGUGGUAAUUCAUCCCCAGUUUCUCCUGCAAGAUUUUCCUGGAAAUCUCCAUCCUCUACUCCACCACUUAAAAACAAUCAAUACUGGGUUUAGGAAAACAUAAUUUAUACAUAAACUGUGCCUUAGAGGUAUAAUGUCUGAAACUGUCACAACAGGGUUACUGUAUUUCUGGUUUUUAGAAACAUUGUGGGGCCAUGUUAGGCACAGCUAGCAUGUACUUUUUGAAAAAAAUAAAUAAAAUAUGCAAUGUGUGACCUCCA